CGCCGCCGCCCGCAGCCGCCGCCCGGUGGAGGAUGGUGGGGGCCCGGGGCGCUGCCCCCCGCCGCGGAGCUCUGCUGCUGCUGCUCGCCGCCCUCGGGGCCUGCCGGCUGCGCCUCGCCCGUGCCGCAGUGUCCUGUCCCCGGAGCCUGGACUGUGCCCUGCAGCGCCGGCAGUUCUGCCUGCCCGGCUCAGGCGCCUGCGGCCCCUGUCUGCCCGCCUUCCAGGAGGACAAUCGUGGGCGAUGCGUCCAGAAGCAGCUCUCACCCAGCGGGCGGACAUCCCUUCCCAGCUUGGAGGAAGAAAUCGAUUUUCUGGCAGAUGUGCUGGCCCGGCAAGAGGCUCCUGGUACCCACCUGCAGCUGGAUGGCAAGUUCAGGACCACCCCGGUCCCUGCCAGUGGCAGACAGCAUGUGGCCAGUGGGCUGAGAGGGGGGCUUCUGCAGCGAGGUCCCACCAGCAGUGAGGCAGCUGCCACCCUGCCCGCCACCACCACCGCUGCAGUCCAGAAGUACCCAGUGGAAGCGUCGCCCCUCCCUUCAAAAGAUGAUGUGGUGCUUGGGCUGAUCGCAGUGUGCACAGUGGCCGGGGUUUCAGCACUGGUUGUGGCUGCCGUCUGCUGGUGCAGGCUGCAGAAGGAGGUCAGACUGGCACAGAAAGCCGACUACUCAGCACAGCGAGUGGCCAGUCCCCUGCCCUACGACAAGAUCUCGCCUGGGGACAAGACACUGGCUCAGAGCGCCCAGAUGUACCACUAUCAGCACCAAAAGCAGCAGAUGCUCUCCAUGGAGAAGCAUAAAGAGGAGCCCAAGCUGCCAGACUCCGCAUCAUCUGAUGAGGAGAAUGAGGAUGGAGACUUCACUGUGUAUGAGUGCCCUGGGCUGGCUCCGACCGGAGAAAUGGAAGUGAGGAACCCGCUGUUUGACGACUCCUCCUUACACCCCUCCAACCCCAAGUCGCACCAGUAACACGCUCCUCUCCUCCGCCCAAGCUCGCUCCGGACUCUGUUCCCGACGCCGAGAGGCGGCCGCGCCGGAGGGGACCCCGCAGCUGGGGGAAGGGGCGCGGGCCCCGCUCUGCCAGGCUGCGCGACGCCUGCCCAAUAAACACCCACAUACAGCUACGGGAGGGGGGGAUCGCCCCCGUUUCCAGCCUCCUUGUCCUCUUUGCUGCUGUGAUCGCGUCCCUGCAUUGCCCUUAGCUCGCUGCUCUCGGGGACACGCCAGUCCGGCGCGGGGGGCAGCCACUGCCUUGACACAGAAACUGGGGGGGGGGGGGGGGGAGGCGGGUACAGCGCUGUCUCUCUUUGAGGAGGGGGCUGCUGCCCCGGCUGCGGCUGGGCUGAUGCAACAGCAGCUGGAAAAGGGCUGGAGAAGUGUUCAAAGAGUGAGAGAGGAGCCGGGAGGGGGUGUCCAGGCACGGUCAUGUCUGCAGCGGAGGGUGCCAGGGCUGCCAGCCUGCCCGGGGCCCCUCUGCCAGUGGUAGAAACCUUCCUCAGAGCAGCUGGCAUCGCUAAAGGCUCCAGUGGCUGGUCUGCCCCUUCCUCCUCAGCCCUGGCAGCUCCUGGCAGCAGGGUUUCACUUGUGGCAGGAGCAGGAGCAGGCUCAGGCAGGCACUGGCAUCACUCCUGGGAUGCACCUUCUGAUGCUACCCUGUGUGGUGCCCGCUGGAGUGGAGGCUCUGCCCUGCCCUUGCACUGGUUCCUUCUCCUUCCAGGGUUGCUGGCCCUCGGGGCUCUUGGGCACAGACAGUCCCAGUGCUCCUGUGGCCUGGGUCCCCAUGGUGGGCUGUGCCAGUAAGAGGACUUGUUUCCUUGUGAUAGCCCUGGCUGCCAGCUGGGAUCUCACCCAGGGCCUCCAUGGGGCGAAGGCUCAGAAAAAGGAUUUGGGCUUUGGUUUUAAGCCUUUGUGGCUGUGGGGAAGGAAGAAGUAAGACUGGCAGGUGUUUGGGGGACUGGGAGGGGCAGCCAAGGCACGGUGGCUUUGCUGUGCUGCUUCUCUGCCCCAUGGAAUCCAUGCUCUCCUCGGGCAUCCCUGUGAGGCAGGGGAGUCUCCACCACUCCAUUCUGGGCACCUCGUAGGCUCCAGAGACUCCCUGCACCCCCUGCUGCCUGUGUCUGCAUCCAGCCUCACCACGCCCACCAACACCUUGCUGGGAACCCAGCGCUGGUCCCCAAAGCUUCUGUAGUGUGUUGACCACGACUCCUCCAGCACAAGGCCUGGAGUGGGUUUUGAGUUGCUUUUCAGAGAUCUGGCUUCAUGUCCAGACCCUGGUGUAGACUGUCACAGCCAUGGGUGACCUGUUGCAUGCACAUGAUGUCGUGCACACAGGUGGCCUCUUGCACGCAUGGGAGCUGUUGCACACUCAGCAGCCAUUGCACAUGCAGGCAGGCAUGGGCAGGACAGGCAGCAGCAGCAGAGUCUGGUGCCAGGGAGCAGUGGCUCUUUGGGAGUGUAGCUGGUGGGGUCACUGGCAGAGGCUGUCGCUGCACAGAUCAUUUCCCUGCACCCUGCUCUGGUACCCGUGGGCUGCCCACUCCUCUCCCCGCACCCCUCGUUGUUGUAUGGAUUGUAGUUCUUUUAAAAGAUUUUAUUAAAUGACCAUGUUUGA